GAUGACGCAUGCGCGGAAAGUUCCCUUCCAGCUGGUUGGGCUUCGUUUUCCUCGGCUGCGGAGGCAACGUCAGGAUCGGAAGAAAGGGAGAGCCUUGUCUUCAGAGUCGCCACUGCCCUUAACGGUCCGGGAGUUGAAGCCGUCGCCUCGUUCGUGAAAUUGUGUGAAAAUGUCACUGUAUCCUUCUCUGGAAGAUUUGAAGGUGGACAAAGUAAUUCAGGCCCAGACAUCUUUUGCUUCAAAUCCAGCCAAUCCAGCAAUUUUAUCAGAAGCCUCAGCUCCCAUCCUCCAAGAUGGAAACUUAUAUCCCAAGUUGUAUCCUGAACUUUCCCAAUAUAUGGGUCUAAGCUUGAAUGAAGAGGAGAUACAAAGAAACUUGGCAGUGGUUCCUGCUGCUUAUUCUCAGGGGGUUGUUGCAAGACCUUCUGCAAUGAAUUACAUGGUGGCUCCAGUAACUGGAAAUGAUGUUGGACUUCGUAGAGCAGAAAUUAAGCAAGGGAUUCGUGAAGUAAUCUUGUGUAAAGAUCAGGAUGGAAAAAUUGGUCUUCGCCUCAAAUCAGUGGAUAAUGGUAUAUUUAUUCAGUUGGUUCAGGCUAACUCUCCAGCAUCACUGGCUGGUUUGCGGUUUGGGGACCAGGUUCUGCAAAUCACUGGAGAAAAUUGUGCUGGAUGGAGUUCUGAUAAAGCCCAUAAAGUUCUGAAGCAAGCAUCUGGAGAGAGAAUUUCAAUGAUUAUUCGUGACCGGCCCUUUGGACGAACUAUUACCAUGCACAAGGACAGCACAGGACAUGUUGGCUUUAUAUUCAAAAAUGGAAAGAUAACUUCAAUAGUUAAAGAUAGUUCGGCUGCUCGAAAUGGACUUCUGACAGAACACAACAUCUGUGAAAUUAAUGGACAGAAUGUAAUUGGCUUGAAGGAUUCCCAGGUUGCAGACAUAUUAACAACUGCUGGAAAUGUAGUGACCAUCACAAUCAUGCCUUCUCAGAUUUUUGAACACAUGAUAAAGAGGAUGGCUUCAAGCAUUAUGAAAAGCCUAAUGGAUCACACUAUCCCUGAAGUUUAAAACUUAUUUUGGAUGCAUUGAUUCUGUGAUGGAAACACUGCUAAACAUGGGCUACUAUUUACUCUGCAAUGGUUAUGUUCUGCACGUGAGCCUUUCUUUAAAGCCAAGAUGAAAUGCUGCAUUGAGCAUUUGCAUUAUGUUGAUGGCUUGGAAUGUCAAAUCCAACACAUUACCUUGUUCAAACUGAAUUUUGUAGCCUUAUUAGCUUGAUAAAACAAGCUGUAUGCUUUUUCAUAGGGUUAUAUUGUAUAGAUCAACAUUUUCUAUAAGCCAUUGAAAAGGAAAACUAAUGUAUCUUGCAAGUGUUAGUAUUUGCUAUCUGUGAUUCAAGUAUAUUGCUGCUCUUUGUACUUUUUCAGAUAAAUUAGUUUUUCUACUAUUCUUUCUGCAAGAAUAUAUACAAUUAUGACUUGUAGUGUUAGUUAACUGGUUCUAGAAAUCUUGUUUACAAAAGCAUGCCAGUUAAGCUGAGCAUAGCUAGUAUUUAUCAUUCCAUAGAUAUUUUAAAUAGUAAGAUAUUCACAUGAACAUUUAGUUUUGUCUUACUGCUCUUACAAAGUCAUUUGAAUAUGCUUAUAUUCUGUUGCCUUAAUCAUCUUAAAUCAUUCAGUUGCAAAAACAUUCUUUAAAUGGCAGAGUACACUGACUAUAAUCUCUUUAAAAUCCCCAGUGCUGAAAAUGUGAUCUGGUACAAAUGAGUGUGCUGGAGAGGAGGAUGCAUUAUCUUUGUUAGGUGGAGUGAUGACCCUCUAAUUCUGGAGUAGUAAAUCCAGCAUUUAACUUGACUAAUGGCUUCAUACUUUUGAGGAAAGAGUAUUGUUAACUGGCUUUUAGAUUUCCCAGUUGCAACUAAGCUAUGAUUGCACCAUCUAAUUACGAUCUCGAUUCCUUGACUUUCUGAAUAAUAAAGUUACUUUACUGAAAAGAAA